AGUAUGACUGUAAAGAGAUUAGAAAACCAUGUGUUCAAAUGUAGUUUUCAUAAAACGCAUAAUAUACUUACCAAAAGUGGUGUUUAAGAUUAUUACAUUUUUCAAUAGACGUAGUUAAAUUGAAGGUGUAUUUUGAACUUUCACGGUAUUCAUCAGAGCAUUAAUGCAUCAUCUCGUUCAAGGAUAACAUUCUCUUUUUAAAAGUACGGAUUGACUAGCCAGGAAGGAAUGGACAACGACGAGAAUAACGCCUGCAAACAAAAAUGUAUCUGGUGGUUACAGCAGAACUUGUUGGUGAUACUCACGUUAAUUGCUUGUGGUAUUGGGUUCCUGAUUGGCUUACUGGUAGCACCCGAACACCCUUCUCCAAGCGCUAUUAUGUGGAUUGGUAUGCCAGGAGAGCUUUACAUCCGUAUGUUAAAGAUGAUGAUUGUCCCACUAGUUGUCUGCAGCGUUAUUGCAGGUACAGCGAAGAUGGACCCCCGUACCAACGGUAAAGUCAGUGGGACUUCUAUGGCUUACAUUAUGCUCACUAACUGUGUUACACCUUUACUUGCCGCAGCUCUUAGCUACAUCAUCAAACCAGGUGAAGGCAUAGAAACAGAUGUUGAUACAUCGAAACAAAUUGAAAAUGUGAUGCAAACAGAGGACAUUUUUGCAGACCUUCUAAGGAACAUUGUUCCAGACAACAUAAUAGCCUCGUGUUUCCAACAGGCGCAGACAAAAUACGAAUAUGAAGAUAAAACUAUCAUUACCAACAAUGGGACACAUGAUGUACAAGAAACAACGAAAGAACUGAAGAGAAAGUAUGUUGGAUCUGCAGGAUCUACCAAUGUCCUUGGCUUGAUCAUUGUAAGCGUUUUGUUCGGUGUUGGUGCGGCAGCUAUGAAGGAAGAAGGGAAACCAUUUCUACUUUUCUUCAAGUCCGCUACAGAUAUUAUACUGAGGAUACUCCGAGUCCUUAUUUGGACGACGCCUGUAGGUGUUGCCAGCCUGAUUGCAAAAACGAUAGUUACAACGAAAGAUGUGGAAGACACUUUCCGGAAACUUGGCAUGUAUGCGCUCACAGUAGAAGUUGGUCUCGUGUUCUGGGGUUUCAUUGUUAUACCACUUUUGUUCCUCAUUGUGAGACGUGCCAACCCAUUUAGAUUCUACGGCACCAUCAUACCGUCGAUUAUGAUUGUUGUAGUUACCGCUAGCACAAUGAUAGCACUCCCAGAGAGUUUCCAUAGUUUGGAGAACAAGAACAAUUGCGAUCCACGGAUAUCCCGCUUGGUGGCGCCGCUAUCAGCAACCAUUGGAAGAGCCGGGAGUGUUCUCUACAUAACAUGUUCGUGCUUCUUUAUCAUACAAACUCUUGGCCGUGAUGUUAAUGCUGCAGAUAUCAUCUUAAUUGUGUUGCUAGCAUGGGUAUCGGCGUUAGCCAUACCAUCGGUAGCAGGUGCGAGUCUUGUAACUGUCCUCAUAUUACUGACCGCAUUAAACAUACCAGGAGAAGCUGCGGCUAUGCUGUUUGCACUGGAAUUCUUCCUGGACAGAUCUCGGAGCGUCGUAAAUUUACUAACCCAGCUUACUGGAGUCAUGCUUGUCGACAAAUUCUGUGCAGCUUCUCUACCUAAACUAACAGAAUCCAGCGAGCCCAAAGAUAAAGAAAAGCUUACAUUACAAUAUGAUGAACAGACAGAGGUUAAUGUCAACCAGGGGUUCGAAAAGGAUGCCAGUUACCCACCAAACUUUAACAAUACAAAACUGUAACAUUGCUUAAACUUCUCUCUGAUUCGGCUUUACCGUGAAACGAUUUCACAAUAUAGACCAUUCAUAUCAUGCAUCAUUUUAAAGAACUCCAAAAGUGGGAGACGGAACACUUUUGAAAUUUCAACCUACCUUGAAUCAUAACAUGAUUUUGUAUUUGUCAUUUCCAGAAAAUGUUUUAAAAUGUCACUUUUUAUUUUAUUUGAUGAUGGAUUGAUAUAAAACUUUCAUGAUAUCUAAGUAAGCAUAAAAGCAACAUAAUUAUAAUACUGAUAAACUUCAAUAACAUUUAUAUUUUCUAUGAUGAAAACAACUUUAAUGUUGUUUCAUUUGAAAGUUCGCGAAAAUCAGGUCAUUUGAAUUUGGUUCACUUCAUUAUUUUUUUUAACUGCGGUUUGAGGCCGAUACAGAUAACCCUACCCGUAAUUCAGAAAUCCAUUUUAUUAUUAUUAUUAUUAUACCAGAUUUAUACAUCCUUGCACAUUGUAGCUACUUGCACUUUAUAAUAAUAUAGUUUCCAUCUUUCCCUAUGUCCGUUAAAGAGAAUUACUUUCUUUCAGAUGUCUUUCGCAACUGACACGCUGAGUUUCCAAACUUUUUGAAAUAUUUUCAUCAGUUUUGACCUUAAAAUUAUGUGCUAAUCAUAAUCUGCGUUCAUCGCGUGGUUGUAUUCCUUUUUCCGCAAUAGAUUUAUUACUAUU